AUGGUGGUGAGCGUUCCAAACACGGGAGUCAAGUCAGUUUUGUGCAACUCAGGAAUUUUCACGGGGGGCGAUCCUUUUGCCGUGAGUCUGGAUUACGUUCUAAAAGAAUUGGAGAGUUCGACUCCCACUACAAACAAUUAUGAUUUCUACAACAUAUCUCCUUAUCCUAAUUCCUUCGCUUACGGCCAUGCUUCCUGCAACCAAAGCCUUACAACCUCAGACUGCACCACUUGUCUUGGCGCUGCUAAGACCAACAUGUUGGGGUCGUGUCAAAUGAGGAUUGGUGCUCGUGCGGUGCUCAAUGACUGUUCAAUUAGGUACGAGCAAAACCCAUUUGAUGAUUAG